CGACUUAACUUUCAAUUCUUGUAGAGCGAGCGACCAGACCAUCGCGAACCUCGUAUUUGUCCGCGUCAAAGACGUCCGUGCUUACUUUUCCUAAUCGCGGGGCAAUGCAGAAAACAAACGACAAACAGGUGUUUCGUUUCUAAUGUGUAGUUUCAGUGUUUUCCCUGAUGAUGAUUAUGUUACCGAAACCGGGUUGCAGGAGCGGAAAUAGUUGGUUGUAUGUGACGGUCCUGCUUUUAUUUGCCGUAGAUUGGAUUAUAUGCCAAGGAGACUUAGUACAACGUCCCUCUUGGGGAAAAGACCAGCCCAAUAACUACAAUGGAGAACAAAACUGUGUGGUACUCGAUGGAGGACGUGGGUGGCUUUGGAAUGAUGUAGGAUGCAAUCUAGAUUACCUGCAUUGGAUUUGUCAGCAUGUUCCUUCCUCUUGUGGAAGCCCAGACAAACUAAUCAACACCACCAUCACCGGAUCCAAUUACAGUCUAGGAGCUACCAUCAAAUACAAUUGUCCGGAAGGACACAUGCUCCUGGGGAGCGAAGCCCGAAAGUGUGGAAUGAACGGUUUCUGGACUGGAAUGCCUCCAACGUGCAAAUUUAUUGAUUGUGGGUCGCUUUCGAGCAUGGAACAUGGUACAGUGGUCUUGAAGGAUAACCGCACCUCCCAUGGAGCUCGCGCCAUUUAUUCCUGCCACGAAAACUACACCCUCAUAGGUCACGAAGUUCGACUAUGUGGAAACGAUGGCAAAUGGACCAACUCCACCCCUCAGUGCCUGUUCGAUUGGUGCCCAGAUCCUCCGGAUAUCCAUGGCGGAGUCGUGCAUACUUCUGGGCACAGAGCCGGAGAUAGAGCCACGUACACCUGCCAGCCGGGAUAUGUUAUUCAUGGAGAAGGAGUUUUAUCCUGUGGACUUGGUGGGGAAUGGUCGGGCAAAGCCCCCACUUGCAAAUACGUGGACUGUGGGGCGCCUCCCAAUAUCGACUAUGGGCGGUAUGAGUUACGCAAUGGAACCACUACAGUUGAGAGCAUUGUUGAGUACUUCUGCGAAGCAGAUUACUGGUUGGACGGGCAAAAGGUCCAGAAGUGCACCAAGGACGGGAAAUGGUCUUCAGACGCACCAUUUUGCGAACUGAUCACAUGCGACGAACCGGAUGUUCCUGCGGGAAGCUACGUGGUUGGGGUGGAUUUCAAUGUGCAUUCAGCCAUCGAGUACCACUGUGAAGUGGGUCAUUUGCUGCGUGGUGAGCAGAUUCAUGAGUGCCAAAGAAGUGGGGAAUGGUCUGGAACCACUCCCAGCUGCGAAUAUAUCGACUGUGGAAACGUCCCCACAAUGCUCUACGGAGAGAUUCGCUACUCCAACGCCACCACCUACUUAGGAAGCGAGCUCUCCUACUCUUGCGCCAAACACUACAAGCUGAAUGGUGUCUCCAAGAGAUACUGCAUGAAAAACGGGCAAUGGAGCGACUCUUCUCCAAAAUGCGAAGAGGUGCGCUGUCCGGAACCAAUCAUAGCCGACCACAGCAUCCUAUCAGUAACCGGCAACGACCGGAUGUAUGGAAGGACGUUGAUCAGAACAGCCGAAUCCGCAAAUGUGGGCGCUUCUUCGUAUAAAAUCGGGGCUUUAGCAAAGUACCGAUGUGAAAGAGGCUACAAGGUAAUAGGGGAGCCUUUGAGCACGUGCGAGGACAGCGGCCAGUGGAGUGGAGGAGUUCCCCAGUGCGUUUUCGUGGACUGCAGAAACCCGGAAAAAAUUGCCAAUGGACAAGUCACCCUGCCCUCAAACGCAACUUACUACGGGGCUCUCGCCCUGUAUGCUUGCGAUCCAAACUUUGAGCUGGAUGGCGUUUCCAGACGAUUGUGCCUGGAAAAUGGAACAUGGAGUUCGGAUGAACCCAUUUGCAGAGAAAUACAGUGCAAAGACCCGGAUACAUUUGCUGGAGUGAUCUUCAAGGUGAGCACUCAUAGUGUGGGAGGAGUUACUCAAUAUUACUGCCCUAGAGGACACUCAAUGCAAGGCAACGCUAGCAGGAUUUGCUUGAAAAAAGGAGUGUGGAGCGGACAGGCCCCGACCUGUUUGCCCAUCGACUGUAACCAUCCGGGAGCCAUCGAAAACGGUCGCGUUAUCGUAAUGAACGGAACCACAUACAACAGUGCCAUCGAGUACCAUUGCGUCCCAUCCUACGAGCGAAUCGGCCCAUACCUGAGAAAAUGCCUGGAUAAUGGCCAGUGGUCAGGCGAGCAGCCCAGAUGUGAAAUGGCCAUUGAGGAGCCUCAGGAGGAUUCGAACUUGGGCACCAGCAUAGGAAUUGGAGCGGGAGUGGUUGUGUUCUUGCUGGUGCUUUUGGGCAUUAUCUACUGGAAAUUACGGAAGCCGGUGGCAGUGAAGAACAAAGAAAACGUGGAAGGUGCAGAAAGGAAGGAAGAACGUAACGCCGCUGUGAUGAGCUACGCGACUCUGAGCGAUCGGAACGGUUUAGGAGGCCAGACGAACAUCUACGACAAUAUCCAUGAGAAUAUGUAUGAUGCCCCAUAUGAGGAGGGCCGGAGAGAUAGUGGGACUUAUGAACCGGAGCCAGUGGGACGCGCCAAUGGAAAUACGGUCACUAUAAAUGGGGUCUCAGUGAGAUAAAUCCUUAAAAACUAUGUGAUAGGGUUCAACUUGUGUGUACAGUCAAUUCUGUGAUGGACAUUGUGUAACUAAGUUCGGGUGAAGUAGUCAAUGAACUAUUUAUUGAAUAUUUUCCUUUCCCAGUCCUAUUUACUUCAAUCCAGUUACCUAUAUGUGUAAAUGCUGUGCUCUAGAUGGGCUGCAGGAAUUAACGAAAUAUUUCUGUACAGUUUCCUUGGCUGCAACCAAAUAUCCGUACCGUUUUAGGGAAUAUUUCAAAUAUAGUCUAUUAAUAGUAUGAGUAGUUUAACAUUUUCACUGCCUAUGGACAAUAUUUUGCACAAGCAAGCAAGCAAUAGUAAAUUCAGCCAAAGAUGACUUUUUUCAUCAAUUACUCAGAAUAUCUGAGAAAAUAAAGCGAUGGUUUUACGGUGAGAUUAAGAACCGGUAGUACGAGCAAACGAAUUUAGUUCUUGUAAAACGUUACUCUCCCACUAACGAUCCUUGUGUAACGUUGAAGUUAUUAAGUUGAGUUUCUUCCUUCUAUUAUCAACUCAGUUCGUUUUUUGCUUUGUACUUGCCUCUUUAAAUUAAGAAAAAACUUGUUCUGAGGUAGUUGAGAUACAAGGCUUGUCUUAAAAUCAAAAAGUGUAAACUGAUGUAAAUUUGGAAGAAACGUAUGUAUAUAAAAAUGUUUAUCAAUGAAA